AUGGAUAAUGAAGCGUACGCAAAUUGUUUCGUGAAAAAUUGCUGGCUUUGGCUCAUUGAUACUAUAUUUAUGGUUUUGAAAAGAGCCAUGGGACGGGCUUCAUUCGAAUAUGAUGAAGUGGGUAACACAUUUUACUACGUCCUCGUCUCCUUCUAUGCUAUUAUUCUUCUACCAGCCACCUACUUCUUCUUUCCCACGGGAAAAUUCACAUUCAAUAUGUAA